CAAGAGAACGGUAGAGAGGCUAGUGGAGGAUGGAGGAGCCCGAGGAAGAUGAGGGGUGUGCGGAGAGCCCGGAGCGGGCGGCCGGGGAGUCCACGGCCGAGCUUGGGGAAGAUGUCAUUGGAAAGAGAGCGGCUUCAGAGAGAAACUCUACCUUGAAAUCCACGUGGAUGUGACCUGAGGUGUGCAUUUAGCUUCAGUAUACUUUUUGAUUUGAAUUAGUAUGAAAGAUGCAGACGGAAAGUCUUUCUUAUUGAGCCAGGAGCUGGUAAGAAAAUUGGGCACCGUGGAGUAGAUGCAUCAGGAGAAACCACCUAUAAAAAGACCACAUCAUCAACAUUAAAAGGUGCCAUACAAUUGGGUAUUGGAUAUACUGUGGGCAAUCUGAGUUCCAAACCAGAGAGGGAUGUCCUGAUGCAAGAUUUCUAUGUUGUUGAGAGCAUCUUUUUUCCUAGUGAAGGCAGCAAUCUUACUCCUGCCCAUCAUUACCCGGACUUUCGCUUUAAGACAUAUGCCCCUGUGGCUUUCAGAUAUUUUCGAGAACUCUUUGGAAUUCGCCCAGAUGACUAUUUGUAUUCUCUGUGUAAUGAACCUCUCAUUGAACUCUCCAACCCUGGAGCCAGUGGCUCUUUAUUUUAUGUCACUAGUGAUGAUGAGUUCAUUAUCAAGACUGUCAUGCAUAAAGAAGCAGAGUUCCUGCAGAAAUUGCUGCCUGGAUACUACAUGAACCUGAACCAGAACCCACGGACACUUCUCCCCAAGUUCUACGGUUUGUAUUGUGUUCAGUCUGGUGGGAAGAAUAUCCGUGUUGUGGUCAUGAACAAUAUCCUUCCAAGAGUGGUCCGUAUGCAUUACAAGUAUGACCUGAAGGGUUCCACUUACAAGAGACGUGCCUCUAAGAAAGAGAGGGAGAAACGUAGUCCUACAUACAAAGACCUAGAUUUCAUACAGGAUUCGCCAGAAGGGCUACUCCUCGAUAGUGACACCUUCAGUGCACUGGUUAAGACCAUGCAGAGAGACUGUUUGGUUUUAGAAAGUUUCAAGAUCAUGGAUUACAGCCUUCUUCUAGGCGUGCACAACCUAGAACAACAGGAAAGAGAGAAGCAAGCAGAUGGGGCACAGAGUCCAGCUGAUGAGAAGCGUCCAGUCGCACAGAAGGCGCUAUACUCCACAGCAAUGGAAUCCAUUCAGGGAGGAGCAGCUCGUGGGGAAUCAAUAGACACUGAUGACACAAUGGGGGGAAUUCCAGCGGUCAAUGGCAAAGGGGAGCGGCUUUUACUGUACAUAGGAAUAAUUGACAUUUUGCAGUCUUACAGGUUAAUAAAGAAGCUAGAACAUACGUGGAAAGCUCUUGUUCAUGAUGGGGACACGGUGUCUGUACACCGGCCCAGUUUUUAUGCUGAACGGUUCUUUAAAUUCAUGACUAACACAGUGUUCCGAAAAACAUCCUCACUCAAGUCCUCUCCUUCCAAGAAGGGGCGAAGCACUCUACUGGUACCUCGACCCCUGGGACCAUCUGCAGCCUUUUCGACGGGACUAAUUCCUACAGAACAAGAAGAAGGGAAAUAUGAGCUGCGUGGGGUACGCAGCUACCCUACAUUAGAGGAUGAUGGUCGUGCCGAUUUACUGCCCUGCACACCUCCAUCUUUUGAGGAAGCCACUACUGCUUCUAUUGCUACUACUUUGUCUUCCACCUCUCUGUCCAUUCCAGAACGCUCUCCAUCUGAAACCUCAGAACACCCUCGUUAUCGAAGGCGUACUCAGUCAUCAGGAUAUGAUGUCAGGACUUAUGAGGAGACACGAGCAGAAGACAUUCAGCAGGUUUCAGUUGAGGUGGAGCCCAGACCAUCUGAUACUGUGAUUCUACCAGAGGAGGAAAAGCAUGGCGAGGCCUCAGGCUGUACUGGGAGAACAUGUCCAGUUGGAGAAACAGGCAGUCAGCGAUCUGAGGAAGAUGAGGAAGUGCCCGUGACGGACAUAUAUUUUUUCACGGAUGGGCGAUAUUGGGUGUAUUCCCCCCGCCUCAAUCGGAUGCACUCUCCAUCAUCCACUGACUCUCCUCCAGAUGACCGGAGCUGGGUUUAUUCUCCACUCCACUAUAACACCCAGGUUCAGUCUGUCUCGGACGAGGAGAGUGACACAUAAAUACUAUGCAGAUACCUGACAGAAGAAAACCUUGAUACCUUUUGUGUCCCUUCACCCCAGCCUCAGAAACAAUGGAAGGGUGUGAUGAUCAACCGUGGAGGAAAAGAACUGACCAGUUACCAGACUCAUACAAUCUACUAUGCCGUUAUGUGUAUUUGUAAUAGUAUUAUCCCUUCCUUGGUGUUCGAGUGCUUUGCCAAACAUUCCCUUUUAUUUUUCAGUCUGUGAAUUUUAUUUGAUUGCCAGAUGAUGGGACAGAAGCUCAUCCGCUGUAUCUCAGAUGGGCAUCCUGCACUAUUUAUGGAGAGGGAAUAUCUGCAAGGUCUGUGGGGUUCUCUAGCUGAACAUAGAAGUUGUUCCGUUGAUGAUGGAAAGUUCCUGUACACUACAAAUCUAAUGCACCUGGUUGGACCUAUCAUGCUGCAUCUCUGGCUCGGUUUCAUUUUAACACUGCUCCUUGUUUUGUGUGUUUUGAUAUUUAAUCCUUUUUUAGUAUUUAUAUUGCGUGGAGUAAACUGGUGAUAGGAGUGCUAAGGACUGUCUACCUUUUCACGUUUCACUGUUGUGGACUGUUUACAUUGUAGAACUGGUUCAGUGAUCAGGAUUUGGAACUGAUCACCCCCAUUCUUAUUUUAUUUAUUUUGUAUUUUUUUUUUUAAAUACAAUUUGCACUGCCACAUUUGUAUCUGUGGCUAUAGACUACUGGCGCCUAAAGUCAUUAAAGAUCAGGUCAGAAAUCA